AUGUCCACAGACCAGCCCGUGGCGCCCACCGAGGAGCAGCUGGAGAUCCUGGAGUACAACUUUUGCAAGGUGGACAAGCACCCCGAUGCCACCACGCUGUGCCUCAUUGCGGCUGAGACGGGGCUUUCCGAGGAGCAGACCCGGAAAUGGUUCAAGCAGCGUCUGUCGGAGUGGCGGAAGUCUGAAGGGCUGCCCUCGGAGAGCGGCUCUGUCAGGGACUAG